AUGGCCGAUUCAGAUGCAUCCGAGACCGAGAAACAAGCGUCUGCGAAAGUAGCCGACACCGCGCCCCCGCCUCCUGAUGGCGGCUCCACAGCCUGGCUCCAAGUUCUGGGAGCAUUUUUCCUCUUCUUCAAUUCAUGGGGAAUUCUCAACGCCUUCGGCCCCUUCCAAAGCUACUACCAAUCAACCCUCGUCCCCAGCUACACCUCCUCCCAAAUCACCUGGAUCGGCACCUCCCAAGGCUUCAUCCUCUUCCUAGUCGGGGUAAUCGUCGGCCCCAUCUUCGACAAAGGCCACCUCCGCAGCCUCAUCGCCACCGGAACCUUCCUAGUCGUCUUCGGCCUAAUGAUGACCUCCCUCUCCACCAAAUACUACCAACUCUUCCUCGCCCAAGGCCUCACCAUCGGAAUCGGCUGCGCCUUUCUCUUCCUCCCCAGCAUCGCCAUCGUCGCCACCUACUUCACCUCCCGCCGAGCCCUAGCCACCGGCAUCACCGCCUCCGGCGGCAGCAUCGGCGCCGUCAUCUACCCCAUCAUAUUCCACAAACUCAUCAACAAGGUCGGUUUCGGCUGGACGACACGCAUCAUCGGCUUCAUAGCCCUCGCCGGUCUCACAGUCCCUUUACUCAUCCUCAAACGUCGUCUACCACCACCCACGCAAUCCCGAUCCCUCAUCGACCUCGCAGCCUUCAAAGAACCACCCUUCUUACUCUUCAGCUUCGGUCUCUUCUUCUCCUUUAUCGGUCUCUACUUCCCCUUCUUCUACUUACAGAGCUACUUCAACGAUUACCUCCACAAUGACACCACCCUAGCAUUCUACAUCUUCUCGAUCCUCAACGCCACCUCCGUCGUCGGCCGAAUCACCCCCGGUCUAUUGGCCGAUCGCUUCGGUGCUCUUAAUACCCUCAUCCCUAUUAGUAUCCUCGCUACUAUCCUCGGGUAUAUCUGGCUUGCGGUGGAUAAUGUACCCGGAACGGUUGUAUUCACCUGUUUGUAUGGAUUUGCCUCCGGCGCUAUUGUCUCCCUCCCGCCGUCGAUUAUAGCACGCAUGUCACCGAACUUGGACGUGGUGGGGACGCGACUCGGUAUGGUUUUUGUGUUUGCGGGUUGUGGGUUCCUUAUUGGGACGCCGUGUGCGUCGCUGUUGUUGGAUUUGGAGACUGGGUUGUUUUGGAAGGGUCAGGUUUUCACGGCGUCGUUUUUGGCGGUGGGGGGGUUUGUUUUGGGGUUGUGA